CAGAAGUCCAUUGGAAUAUUAAGCCCGGGAGUGGCUUUGGGGACGGCUGGAGGUGCAAUGUCUUCCAAGUUCUUCCUAAUGGCUUUGGCCAUGUUUUUCUCCUUCGCCCAGGUUGUAAUAGAAGCUAAUUCUUGGUGGUCGCUAGGUAUGAAUAACCCUGUUCAGAUGUCAGAGGUAUAUAUCAUAGGUGCACAGCCUCUCUGUAGUCAACUGGCAGGGCUUUCUCAAGGACAGAAGAAACUCUGCCACUUGUAUCAGGACCACAUGCAGUACAUUGGAGAAGGUGCGAAGACAGGCAUCAAAGAAUGUCAAUACCAGUUUCGGCAUCGGAGGUGGAACUGCAGCACAGUUGACAACACCUCUGUCUUUGGCAGGGUGAUGCAAAUAGGCAGCAGAGAGACAGCCUUCACAUACGCGGUGAGCGCAGCUGGGGUGGUGAAUGCCAUGAGCCGUGCAUGCCGCGAGGGCGAGCUAUCCACCUGUGGCUGCAGCAGAGCUGCACGCCCUAAGGACCUGCCUCGGGACUGGCUGUGGGGCGGCUGUGGAGACAACAUCGACUAUGGCUACCGCUUUGCCAAGGAAUUCGUGGAUGCACGAGAACGGGAACGAAUCCAUGCCAAGGGCUCCUAUGAGAGCGCACGCAUCCUUAUGAACCUGCACAAUAAUGAAGCAGGCCGUAGGACAGUAUACAACUUGGCAGAUGUAGCCUGCAAGUGCCAUGGAGUGUCUGGCUCGUGUAGCCUCAAGACAUGCUGGCUGCAGCUGGCGGACUUCCGAAAGGUGGGCGAUGCCCUCAAGGAGAAAUAUGACAGCGCAGCAGCCAUGAGGCUGAACUCCCGGGGCAAGCUGGUACAGGUCAACAGCCGCUUCAACUCCCCAACCACGCAGGACCUGGUCUAUAUCGACCCAAGCCCGGAUUACUGUGUGCGCAAUGAGAGCACAGGCUCACUGGGCACACAGGGCCGCCUUUGCAACAAGACCUCAGAGGGCAUGGAUGGCUGCGAGCUCAUGUGCUGUGGUCGUGGCUAUGACCAGUUUAAGACGGUGCAGACUGAACGCUGUCAUUGCAAGUUUCACUGGUGCUGCUAUGUCAAGUGCAAGAAGUGCACGGAGAUUGUGGAUCAGUUCGUGUGCAAAUAG